AUGGCGGACAACAACAACAGACCAGGCGCAGUCUACAAAGACCUGCUGCCCAUCCCCGUGCCCUCAGACACGACAGCCACGACGGACCCGCUCAAGGAAGAGCCCGCGGCGCCAACACUCCGCGACGAGCCGACGCUGUCGCACGCCCUCGCCAUGGCGGGCGACGCCGAGCCGGAAGCCGUAGCACCGCCCAUGAACGGCGAAGAGGCGACGGCAACGACGGCGGCGGCGAACAAGGGCGCGGCGCAGCGCGCGCACGACGCCGAGGUGGUCAACCUGGGCUGGCACGAGCCGAAGCAGGAGAUUGUGGAGCCGCUGGUGGGCGGCAUGGACAACGACGAGCUGUGGCUGCUGGUGCGGCGCUUCAACAAGCAGAUUUACCACGUGAAGCAGUACGACAGGCCGGUGCCGGGGAAUUUGGACUUGAACAUUGCGGAGGAGGAGGAGUUCAGCCCGGAUAAGUUGAGGGCGAAUGUGGAGAGGUUGUACAUGACGGUGAUUAUCGGGAUGCUGGGUGCGGGGAAGCAGGUCGCGAGGCUGAGGAGCUGGAGAGAGACGAGGAGAACGGCUUGGUUUUGCACGGCCUACUUCGUCGCUUGGAUUUUUGACUGCCUGGUGCCUCUCUUUGCCGCCACCAUAGUCACCUUGAUCGCGUACCCUCCUUCGCGGGACUUCCUGUUCCCGCCGGCACCCAUUGCGCUCGUGGACUCAAAGACGGGCGGCGUCCAGAAGCCGAAGGCGGGCGUACUGGGCAGCCAUGACAGCGCAACUGGCGCGCCUGAGAACCACAAGGGCGAGGCGGUCGAGCAAGAGGCGAGCAACUUCGUCAACGGUCUCGCUUCCGUCACUCUCAGCAGCGUCGCCGGCAAGCACCCUCAGGCGGAUCCGCCUGCCGAGGGUGGCUCGCCUCAGGAUACAACGCCAGACCCCACCGCUCUUGCCAUGGGAGUUGCCAAUGCGAAGGACGCGGCCGGUGGAGAUAAGCCGACGGCCAAGCACGACAAAACGAAGGUGCCCAUGGAGACGGCUAUGUGGUCGAAGAUGAGGCCCGUCAUGCACGGACUCGCAGAAGUGACGGACACGUGGGAGAGGUUUGCAAACGCCCUCUCUCCGACCCCGCCCUUCCCCCGAAACACAUACCGCUUCCGCCUCGCGAUGGUCGUGGCGCCGCUCCUCCUGAUGUCCUUCUUCAUCACCUCGUACAUGUUCGUCAAGGGCAUCACCUUCGGCGCCGGCUUCGGCUUCUUCGGCGACCCGGUCAUCGCGCGCGGGCUGGCCUGGCUCAACCACGCCUUCCCGCACUGGCAGCGCCUGCUCGAGAUGCGCAACACGCUGCUCAAGGGCGUGCCGACCAACGCGCAGCUCACCCUCACGCUGCUCCGCGUGGGCGAGGCCAACAAGGCGCCGCUCCCGCCGCCGCCCUCGGCCUCGUCGCCGCCGCCCGACGCGCCCGCCGCCGUCACGGACGACCAGCUGCGCUCGACGGGCGCGGACCCGCCGCUCAACGCCACGGCCGCCGAGCUCGACGCCGCCAUGGCGCAGCCCGACGAGCGCGUCGCGCACGAGACGGCGGGCGGGGACAUCGACGCGGCCAAGGCCAAGGCGCACGGCCGCAGGGGGUCGCGCAUCCUCAACUUCUUCCGCGGCACCACAAAGGGCGUCGUCGAGACGGCCAUCGGCGCCGACAAGGUCAAGGCCAAGACGGGGUCCGACAGGGCAAAGGACCGCCUCGGCGUGGCGGAGCGCCGCAGCGAGGGCGAGCGCAAGAGCGGGCCCAUCAGCUUCAAGGGCAGGUGUCACGGCCGGAGGGGCGCCGUGUACAUCACGACGAAGGCGACGAUCCCGUGCGUGGCGUUCAGCACCGAGGAGAAGAAGGUGGAGAGGCAGCAGCGGGCGAAGAUGGAUCGUCAUCGGGGAAGCAGCGAGAGCGAAGGCAGCGGCAGCGGCAGCGGCAAGAGCACCCCCAAGGAUGCCGUGCACCCGGCGUGGAGCGUGCCGGUGGCGGAGAUCCGGGAGCUGAAGAAGAUUGGCGGCUACGGGUGGAAGACCAAGCUGGUCGUGGGCUGGGCGAUGAACAGGGAGGUGGCUGACGGCCUGGAGAUUACGGACAAGACGGGUGCCGUGUGGAAGGUGACGGCGCUGCCGCUGAGGGACGAGCUGUUCAAUCGCUUGGUGGCCAUGGGUGGGCAGAAAUGGGAGGCUUGGUAG